GGUCUCAUUUCACACCUCAAUGUGCAGCACAAGCUUGACAAUUUCAACUCGUGGCAGAGACUCACUCAGACAGUCAGCUAAGAGUGGUGGUUAACUGUGAUCUGUGGUUACUGUAGGCCGGCAAGCAGCCAUGGCCGGCGAUGAUGAGCAGCGGCCGCUACACAUCCUCUUCUUCCCGUUUCCCGCUCCCGGCCACCUCAUCCCGGUCGCUGACAUGGCCGCGCUCUUCGCGACUCGCGGCGCGAAGUGCACAAUCCUCACCACGCCGGUCAACGCUGCCAUCAUCCGCCCGGCCGUCGACCGUGCCAACGACGCUCGCCGUGGAACUGCGGAUUCCCCGCCCCCGCCGGCGAUCCAGAUCUCCGUCGUGCCCUUCCCUGACGUUGGGCUCCCGCCGGGCGUCGAGAACGCCACGGGCCUUACCGGCGACGCCGACCGCGACAAGUUCUUUCACGCGAUCCAGCGGUUCCGCGAGCCCUUCGAGCAGUUCUUUGCGGGCGAAUGCCCUGAUGCCGUCGUCGCCGACAGCCACUUCCAGUGGUCCGUCGACGCCGCCGCGGAGCACGGCGUCCCGCGGCUGGCGUUCCUCGGCACCAGCAUGUUCGCGCGGGCCUGCACCGACAGCAUGCUGCGCAACAACCCGCUGGCGUCUUGCCCCGACGCCGUCGUCUCCCUGCCGGGGCUGCCGCACCGCGUCGACAUGUUACGGAGCCAGAUGGUGGACCCCUCCAAGCGGCCGGAGAGUUUCGCCUUCUUCCAGCGCGUGAACGCCGAGGACCAGAGGAGCUACGGCGAGGUGUUCAACAGCUUCCACGAGCUGGAGCCGGACUACGUCGAGCACUACCGCACGACGCUCGGCCGCCGCGUAUGGCUCGUCGGGCCGGUUGCACCAGCCGGCGGAGACAUGGGCGCGACCAAAGGCGCCACCAGCGAGCUCUCGCCCGACGGCGCGGGCUGCCUGCGGUGGCUCGACACGAAGCCGGCCGGCUCGGUGGUGUACGUCUCCUUCGGCACGCUGUCCAGUUUCUCGCCGGCCGAGCUGCGCGAGCUCGCCCGCGGCCUCGACCUCUCAGGCAAGAACUUCGUGUGGGUCAUCAGCCACGCGGGCGCAGGAGCAGACGCCGACACCGAUGCACAACCUGAGUGGAUGCCCGAAGGCUUCGCCGAGCUUAUCGCGCCACCGGGCGGGCGCGGCUUCAUCAUCCGCGGCUGGGCGCCGCAAACGCUCAUCCUGAGCCACCCGGCAGUCGGGGCCUUCUUGACGCACUGCGGAUGGAACUCUACGCUGGAGGCCAUCAGCGCCGGCGUGCCGAUGAUCACGUGGCCGCGGUUCGGCGACCAGUUCUUCAACGAGAAGCUCGUCAUGGAGGUGCUCCAGGUCGGGGCCAGCGUCGGUGCCUGCGACUACGCGUCGUUCAUGGAGACCCAUCAUGGCGUGGUCCGCGCCGAGGUGGUCGCGGAAUCCAUCGGGACGGUGAUGGGCGACGGCGAGGAGGGCGAGGCGAUACGGAGCAAGGCCAGGGAGCUCGGUGUCAAAGCUAGGAGGGCAGUAGGCAACGCCGGGUCGUCGUACGGCGAUGUUGGGCGGCUGAUGGACGAGUUGAUUGCUCGCCGACGGACUUAAGGUUGGUUGGACGAUAGACGUCGGAUUCUUCGCUCGGCAGCUUAAUUCUUGUCUUCGGUCUUCCGUCCUUUGCUUGUGUGCCAAAGUUGAAAAACUUUGUUGGUGUUGUUGUUAUAAACUGUAACUAGGAAAAUUGCCCGUGCGUUGCAACGGGGAAAACAAACGCCACACGCUCUAAGCAUGGUUCCAGAUCCGCCCCCUCCCCUCAACUACAAACUGCUUAUCUUUUGUCAUGUCCUUCUCUCUCUCUAUCCCUCUGUGUGUAACCUCAAUGUAAGUUACUGCAAUAAUAUUUUUUAUU